AUGGUCUAUACUGCAAUGGGCCAAUUUGCGCAGCAUCGGCAAACGUUGGUUCAAAAUGCUGAUGAAUGGAUUCAGAUUCAUGUGGCUACUCCGUGGACCCAAAUCCCAGCUUUUGACCCGUGGCGAAUUUACCCUGAUGUGCUACACGUGCUUGACCUAGCAAUCAGCCCUGAUAGCAUUGCAUCUUUCUUGCUGUUUGCAACUGCAGCUUCUGGAAACAGAGACCAUGCCCUGAGCCAAAUUCGUCGACGCUACUUCCAAUGGGCAUCCGACAUGAAACUGGACGCUGGGUAUUUGGCCAACCCAAAGCUAUUCACACAAAAGAUUUUGCAGCCAUCAUCAACAACUUACCCAGCUGUUUCGCAAAAGUUUUUAAAAGGGGCAGCAGCCCGGAUGAUGUGCUACUUUAUUUGUGGCAUGGCCUGUGAAAGAGCUUCCGGUUCAGAUGACUUGGUAGACAAGUUCCUGUGCUGA